AUGCGUCUCUCCUACACCCCCAACCCCCCCACAACAACCACCCCCGACGAAAUCGCCAUUCUCGAACGAAUACAGGCCCGGCGCGGCCCCAAUGGCCUUCUUCCCCUAGACUUAACCCUCCUACACUCCUUCCCCAUCGCAGAUGGCUGGAACUCCUUCUUUGGCGCAAUUCGCACUCGCACUUCCAUCCCCGCCGCCGCCCGCGAACUAGCUAUCUGCCGCGUCGCAGCCAUCAACCAAGCAUGGUUCGAAUGGAAACAGCACUUCCCAUUACUCAAAGCUGCAGGUGUAUCCGAUCAAGCCAUUGAACUGAUCAAGCUUGAUACGUGUGAUGAGACGGAGUUGGCGAGGGAGCUGGAUAGCAAGGAACUUAUGGCUGUGUAUCGGUACUCGAGUGCCAUGACGAGAAACGUGAAGGUUCCGGAGGAUGUGUUCCAGGAGAUUAAAGGAGUGUUUAGUGAGAAGGAGGUUGUUGAGAUUACGGCUACAACAGCGGGGUAUAAUUGCGUCAGUAGGUUUCUAGUCGCAUUGGAUGUGGGGGAGAUGAAUGACUGA